UGGUUUCUACUAUUUACAGGGAUUUUUGAAUCAAAAUGAGAGAUUUGCAUUAUUGUUGCUCAGCAGUUCGUGUUAUUGUUUUCUUUUGAAUUAGAGGUACUUGAGAAGAGUUGCCAUUUCUACAUAUCUUUUUGGUUUUUUUCAGUAAGUUGGAUUUGGGCCUCCCAAAGAUAAAGAAAUGGCCACCAUCAGGUUCGGGACCACCAGCGACCCUUGCAGGCUGAUCCCUGAGACCAGGACCCAACAUGAGAAGGAGGAACACGGAAAAUAUGACCCAGACAAACUUCUGCAGUGUCCCUUUGAUAAAAACCAUCUCAUCCGGUCCUGCAGGUUUCCAUAUCAUUUGAUUAAAUGCCGCAAGAACCACCCAAAGUUGGCGAGUGAACUGAAGACCUGUCCCUAUAACGCUCGACACCUGGUUCAGAAACAUGAGCUGGCGUACCACGUUGAGACCUGUGAGGACCGGGUAUCUGUGGACCCAGACGCUGGAAACACCAGUAGAGGCUGGCACGUCCCAGUUAGCACAUGGGUCAACCCAAACAUGUCUGAGGACUGGGACAAAGAGGUAGAUGAAGAUCCUGCUCCUCCGUUUGUGUGGGGGCAAACCCCACAGCAGAGUAACAUACUGCACCUGAAGCCCACCAACAACCUAAGCCCAAGUGUUAGGGCUCCUGCUACCCUCCCCUGGUCUGGGAAGCAGUGAGUUUCACUUGCUGCAGCCCAACCAUAGCGUUAGAUGCUACCUCCACAGGUCUUUUAGUUAUGUUUUAAAAAUGUUUAAAUUUCUUUCUUUUUUCAUUUUGAAUGUCAUUUUUAGCGACAAGAUGCGUGGGUUUUCUGCCCAUUAGCUUGCAGUAAUGUUGUUAUCCUUGUUUUAAUCUUGUUAGAAUUGUAGCUUAUUCAAAUCUGUUACCUGUAAUGGUUGUAAAAUUGCAUCUUUUGUGCUGCAAAUCUGUUUGUUGGUCUAGCACAGUAAUUUUUUUCAUGAAAGUGGGUGUGAGGGUUUCGAUUCUUUAAAUCAGAAAAACCUUUUGUGUGAACCAGUUCUACCACUGUCCUGCUAAGAAUAAGAGUGCUUUGAAGUGAAUUAGUUAUCCUUAACAAUAGUCUGUGCUUGGUUUCAUCAAACAUUUCCUUUUUUUAAAUAUUUCUAAAACUUGCUCCAAGCAGAUUUUCACAUUUUGAAUAAAAGGUACAAAUCCUCA